AUGCCGCCUCGAUCUUCUUUAACGUCGUCUUUCUCUAUCACAGACUCCAACAAUGAGGUAGUCUGCCCUCUUCGCAAUCAAGAUGGCUCAAGCUGUCGCAAGAGAUGCAUUGGUGAAAAGAGGUAUCGCUCCAUGCAGGAGCAUAUCCGUCGCGCGCACCCCGAGCAUUACAUUUCCAAGUUGCCAGCUACUGAAGAGAGCUUCUUGUUGAUGAUUAAUACUCCUCCUUCGGAGCGCCGGCCUCUUGAUCAGACCUCAGCUCCAAAUGCUCAGGGUUUUCAUGAGAGACACAACUACCAUCGCGACGAGUCGAGCAAUCCAGGCACGCCGCGCCUUAUAGAUGAUUACACUAACGGUGGGCCGGUGUCUGGCCCAAUGCUUGGUACUGCCAGCGCAGCAGCAGCACUAGCUGAACUCCACGGCGUUAAAAGCGAGCGUGACAUGGAUAUGGAUGGUGAAUAUUACUCAGAUAUGGAUGUUCGACGUAGACCACGAACCUCUAUUGAACUACCGCCACUCAAUCUUCCAAACCACGAUAUCACCAGCGACCCUUAUUCCUCUGCCAAGGCUAAUAGACAGCGUGAUUUUCUCCCUUCCAUUCUUGCAAACUCACCUCCUGGAAGAUCAUCUACUCUCCCACCUCUUCAACGCCCUGUUGGCCCCAACCGUCCCCGCAAGCAAUCUGUGACAAAGAGAGGAAGAGAGACUCAUCACAAAAAGAAAACCUCAAAGGGAACGGCAACCGACUGGCUGCGUCGGAUACAAAAUGAAGAGCGUUACAGGCCAGGUAGUGAUAGGAAAGCUCUUUCGGCUGAACCGUCGGCAGACUUCGGGAAGCGAUGGGAAGACCUCAUUGACGCAGCUGACCAGGCUGCCUCUGCUGCUGGUGAUAUUGACGAGGACCGCACUCCUGUUCCUCAAUCUCCGGUCUCAAUGCAUAGGUCAUCAUUGCCGCCCUUUUCUCACCAGCCACAAUUCCAACCAGCCAGCUAUCAGGCCUCACCACUCCAACAGGCACUUACACCUCCGUCCUACGGUCAGGACACUAUAGAACCAUUUCCUUCAGUUGAAAGUGGCGAGAACUUCCAUAUGGGGACCCGGGGGCUUUCUGACUCGUCACCGUCAUAUUCGGCUCAAAAUAUUCAGAUAUAUUGCGCUGCAUGUCAAGGAUUCUCUCUACUCAAGGAUUCAUAUGCAUGUACCGAAUGCAUCUGCGGUCUCUGCCCGACUUGUGUCGAGGUCCUCAUGACAGAGCACGGAGCAAGAAGGAAGUGUCCCCGCUGUGCUACAAUCGGCGGACGAUUCAAGCCUUUCCAGCUCGACAUUAGGUGA